AUGGCUGACGAUUUGGAAGUCAAUGAUAAUAAUAAACGUCCCCUCGAGAACAACAAUAGCAAAGAAGCAGAUGAAUCGGGUAAGCAAUACUAUAAUUAUUUCAUGUUACUGAUCAAAGUCGUAGCUCUCAAACUAAGACUAAUCGAUUUCGUAGAUGAUGACAUCGGACCUAUGCUUCCUCCCCCUCCUGGAGAUGAUGUGCCUCGAAAAAAGAAAAGAACACUUGCCUAUGAGAAGCUUUAUUUAGAACAACUGCCUAGUGCCGACAUGUACGAAAAGAGUUAUAUGCAUCGUGAUGUACUCAGUCAAGUAGCCGUUACAAAGAAUGACUUUGUCGUUACUACUUCUGUUGACGGGCAUUUGAAGUUUUGGAAAAAGACUGGCACCGGCAUCGAGUUUGUCAAACACUAUAAAUCACAUUUAUCAAGCAUUGUUGACAUCAGCUUGUCCAGUGACAGCGAAUUGCUAGCCACCAUCUCUGAUGAUAAAUCCAUGAAAGUGUAUGAUAUCACAAAUUUUGACAUGAUAAAUAUGGUCAAAUUACAGUUUAAACCAAAAGCAGUCUGUUGGAUUCAUCAGAAGGGUCAAGCUCAAGCAUUGGUUGCAGUGUCAGAAGCCGAAAACUCCAAUAUUCAUAUAUACGAUGGACGGUCAGAUGGGAAACCACUUCACACAUUAUCAAAGCUGCAUUCUAAACCAGUCAAUAUUAUACGAUUCAAUGCUAAAUUUAACACAGUAAUAUCCGUUGAUUCAAUCGGUAUGAUGGAGUAUUGGUCACCAGAAGAGCCAUUUGGGUUUCCAGAUAAUCUGGGUUUUGAAAUGAAAUCACAAACUGAUCUAUAUGAAUUCAGAAAGAAAAAAUCUGUACCUACUUGCUUGACUUUUUCAGAAGAUGGACUCAGUUUCGUAACUAUGAGUUUUCCUGAUCGUCAAGUUCGACUAUUUAAAUUCUUAACAGGCAAAAUGUUCCGCGAAUAUGAUGAAAGUCUACACGUAAUUAGCGAAAUGCAACAAGCAGGCACAUCAAUCUUUAAAUUAGAUGAUAUGGAAUUUGGUAGACGUUUGGCAGUUGAAAAGGAACUCGAGAAAUCGGGUCAAGCAAAAUUUGUUAAUGCUGUGUUCGACGAGAGCGGAAAUUUUGUUAUCUAUGGUGCAUUGGUUGGUAUAAAAGUUGUAAAUAUCAAAACGAAUAGAGUUGUUCGCGUUAUUGGCAAAUCAGAAUCGAACAGAUUUGUCAAUGUUGGGUUAUAUCAAGGCGCACCUAAGAGAAAAGGCGUUUACACUCUGGCUAUGGCUGCAUCGGAUAAUGCUGCCCUAAAAGAAAGCCAAGAACUUGAUCCUACCUUGUUCUGUACAGCAUUCAACAAGAAUCGAUUUUAUAUGCUGACACGUAGAGAACCCUUUGAUGACGGACAAAAGGGUGAACGUGAUGUUUUCAACGAGAAGCCAUCGCGUGAGGAACAAACUGUGGCUGCUACUCAAGAAAGGAGGAAACUUAUGGGCACGUCAGCUAUCUUACGUACAACGUCUGGUGAUAUUCACAUGCGUCUCUUUGCUGACGCGGCACCAAAAGCAGUUGAGAACUUCGUUACCCACGCUAAAAACGGAUAUUACGAUAAUCUUAUAUUUCAUCGUGUUAUCAAGGGAUUCAUGAUCCAAACAGGUUGUCCUUUUGGAGAUGGUACUGGUGGAGAGUCUAUUUGGGGCAGUGAUUUUGAAGAUGAAUUUUCCAGAGAAUAUAAACAUGACCGCCCGUAUACUGUAAGUAUGGCAAACGCAGGACCCAAUACGAAUGGAAGUCAGUUCUUCAUCACUGUCGCUCCUACGCCAUGGCUCGAUAAUAAACAUACAGUAUUCGGACGAGUCACUGCGGGCAUGGAUGUUGUACAUAGUAUAGAAAAUGCUAAAGUAGAUAAAACUAGUAAACCUUACGAUGACAUCAAGAUUAUCAAUAUUGAAAUUCGUUGA